AUGGACAGCGGCCACGCAAAAUACAACCUACCGCGUCUACUGCUGCAAAGCAAGCAUCUCCGGCAAGGGGACUACGACCAAGCAAUCCGAUCUGCAAUCAAGGAUGAAGAACGCUUACUGUUUGAAGAAUUCGUGAACGGAAAACAGUCGCACUUCUAUGCCGGUUCUACGCUGGCCAUCUGCCUGGUUAAUCUGACGCGAGGGCUUCUGGUUGUGGCGAACGUCGGCGACUCCCAUGUUAUGCUCGGUGAGCUGUAUGACCCGGCGAGUGGCUUGGGGACGGUGGUAAAAAUGUCUACCGAUCUAUGGGGACCAUGA